ACUAUACUCUAAUAGUAGAAGUCAACUACUCUCUUCAUCCCUGCGGUUGAGUCGAUGACUUGUUUAACAUCGGUUUGACAAGUUCGAUUUUACAAAACAGCAUAUUUAUUUUCCCUUAUUAUCUCAUCACUUUUAGAACUGAAAUAGCAACUUGAUGGAUGAAGAUUAAGUCAUUUCUUAAUUUUCAAAAUUCUAACUAUGAUAGAUGCAUCGUAAUUAGAAUUUUGAACAGCAGUGGUACACCUUAGAAUUUACCAUAUAAAUAAAAAAACGAAAAUGGACUAAGAUUAAGGACUUUUGAAGGUUAUCUAUAAGUCUAGUUGAUUGAUUGUACCAAGGUUGCUUUCAGACUGAAAACCAUCUCAUCAAGCUAUGGAAAAUAAAAUAAGUCGUUGAUGAUUUAUGGACUUCAGUUUUUCUCCACACAUCACUUUGUUUGUGUACCAUAAUAAUGAGUUUCUCUAUUUUCCACCUUAUCUCAUUGUUUCUUCUUUGUUCUUUCUUGCAGAAAUCUUCUCAUGCCAUCAAAAAGUCUUAUAUUGUGUACUUAGGAUCACAUUCUCAUGGACCAAACCCUUCAGCAAGUGAUUUAGAGUCUGCAACAAAUUCCCAUUACAAUUUACUUGGUUCACACUUGGGAAGCCAUGAGAAGGCUAAGGAAGCAAUAUUUUACUCAUAUAAUAAACACAUCAAUGGUUUUUCUGCUGUACUUGAAGUAGAAGAAGCAGCAAAUAUUGCAAAACAUCCAAAUGUAGUGUCUGUGUUUGUGAACAAAGGGCAUGAAUUACAAACCACAAGAUCAUGGGAAUUUCUUGGUCUAGAGAAUAAUAAUGGAGUGGUUCUUAAAGACUCCAUAUGGGAGAAGGCAAGAUAUGGUGAAGGUACAAUUAUUGCUAACAUUGAUACAGGUGUUUGGCCUGAAUCUAAAAGUUUUAGUGAUCAUGGAAUGGGUCCUGUCCCCUCAAGGUGGCGUGGGAUCUGCCAACUUCACAAUUUUCACUGCAAUAGGAAAUUGAUAGGAGCAAGAUUCUACAGUAAAGGUUAUGAGUCAAAAUUUGGCAGGCUGAAUCAAUCCGAAUAUACAGCGCGAGAUGUAUUAGGCCAUGGCACGCCGACUCUGUCGAUUGCAGGAGGCAAUUUUGUUCCAGGAGCAAAUGUUUUUGGAUUUGGAAAUGGUACUGCUAAAGGUGGAUCACCAAGAUCACAUGUUGCAGCCUACAAAGUGUGCUGGCUUGGGACAAUUCAGAUUGAAUGCACUGAUGCAGAUAUCAUGAAAGCAUUUGAGGAUGCUAUAAGUGAUGGUGUUAAUGUAAUUUCAUGUUCUCUAGGUAAAACUACUCCUCCAGAGUUUUUUGAAGAUGGAAUUUCAAUAGGGUCCUUCCAUGCCAUUCAAAAUGGUGUUAUAGUUGUUGCUUCUGGAGGAAAUUCAGGACCAAAAUUGGGAACUGUUACUAAUGUGGCACCAUGGUUGUUUAGUGUUGGGGCUAGCACAAUAGAUAGGAAGUUUGUUAACUAUAUUCAACUUGGUGGUGACAACAAACACAUAAUGGGAGUUAGUCUUUCAACAGGUUUGCCAUCUGACAAGUUCUACUCUUUGAUCAGUUCUGUAGAUGCUAAACUUGGUAAUGCAACAAUUGACGAUGCCCAAAUAUGUAUGGUAGGAACUAUUGAUCCUAACAAGGUAAAGGGAAAAAUCUUGUUCUGCCUCCUAAGGGAUAUAAAUGGAUUAUAUUAUGCUGAGGAGGAAGCUGUUUCUGGUGGUGCAAUAGGACUAAUUUUGGGAAAUGAUAAGCAACGUGGUAAUGACAUUAUUGCAUAUCCUCAUUUGUUGCCAACUUCACAUAUCAAUUACAUAGAUGCUAAUUAUGUUCAUUCCUACAUCAAAGCCACCAAAACUCCUGUGGCUUACAUGAGUAAGGCAAAAACUGAAGUGGGAGCAAAACCAUCUCCAGUAAUAGCUUCACUCUCAUCUAGGGGACCCAAUCCAAUCCAAUCAAUAAUCCUCAAGCCUGAUAUCAGUGCACCAGGUGUGGACAUUCUUUAUGCUUUCAUAGGAGCCAUAAGUCCAACCGGUCUCGCAUCAGAUAAUCGUCGAAUUCCAUAUUAUAUAGGGUCAGGAACUUCUGUAUCAUGCCCUCAUGUUUCUGCCAUUGUUGCUCUUCUCAAAACACUCUAUCCCCAUUGGAGUCCUGCAGCCUUUAAAUCUGCAGUCAUGACUACAGCAAAAAUACUAGACACCAAUGAGAGACCAAUUAGAGAUCAAUCUAAUAAAGAAGAUGCAACACCAUUUGGCUAUGGUGCAGGACACAUACAACCAGAACUUGCUAUGGACCCUGGACUUAUCUAUGAUUUAAACACCAUUGAUUACUUGAACUUCCUAUCAUGUUCUCGUGGUUACAACCAAACAAACAUGAAAAUAUUUUCUAAGAGACCUCACACUUGUCCAAAGUCUUAUAACAUGUUAGAUUUUAACUAUCCUUCAAUCACAGUGCCCAAUCUAGGGAAAUUACAUUCUGUACAAAUUGUUACUCGUACAGUUACAAAUGUUGGGUCACCAAGUACAUAUCAUGUGCAUGUGAAGACACCUUAUGGAAUUUCUGUUUUGGUUAAGCCAAGUUCCUUAACAUUUAAUCAAGUUGGUGAAAAGAAGACAUUCAAGGUUGUUUUGAAAGUAACCAAACCAACAUUAGGUUAUGUGUUUGGUCACUUGUGGUGGUUUGAUGGAAGACACAAAGUUAUGAGUCCACUUGUAGUGAAGCAUAGCUAGAGAAACAUGAGAAGUGUUUGUGACAUGAUUUCUUAUAAUUUUUAAUUUUACAAUGUUUAUAGCAUAUAGAUCAUCA